AUGGUGUGUAGGUUACGCAAAUCAUUGUAUGGAUUGAAACAGGCUCCUAGGUGUUGGUUUGCAAAGUUGAUGACUGCUCUGAAACGGUAUGGUUUUAUCCAAUCCUAUUCAGAUUAUUCUUUAUUCACAUAUACUAAUGGCAAAACUCAACUUAAUGUCUUAGUUUAUGUGGAUGAUCUUAUUAUUUCCGGGAAUGAUUCCGCUGCAUUUAAGGUGUUUAAAGCAUAUCUCAGUGAUUGCUUCAAAAUGAAAGAUCUUGGACCUCUUAAAUAUUUUUUGGGCAUUAAGGUGGCCCGUAGUUCUUCCGGAUUGUUUUUGUGUCAAAGGAAGUAUACUCUAGAUAUUAUCUCUGAAACAGGUUUAUUGGGAGCAAAGCCUAGUGGGUUUCCCAUGGAACAAAAUCAUAAACUUGCCCAUGCUAGUGGCGAAUUACUGAAGAAUCCCGAAGCUUAUUGUCGCCUCGUGGGUCGACUCAUAUAUCUUGCGGUCACUCGACCAGAUCUUGCCUAUUCUGUUCACAUUCUAUCUCAGUUUAUGCAUGAACCACGCAUUGAACAUUGGGAGGCGGCCUUGAGGGUUGUUCGCUAUCUCAAAGGAUCUCUUGGCCAAGGCAUAUUAUUGCGCUCAGAUAGUGAGCUCACUUUAGAAGGGUGGUGUGACUCAGAUUGGGCGGCGUGUCCUCUAACUCGUCGUUCGUUGACAGGAUGGCUAGUGUUUCUAGGAAAAUCUCCGAUUUGUUGGAAAACUAAAAAGCAACCUACAAUAUCUACAUCUUCUGCAGAGGCGGAGUACAGGUGUAUGAAUGGAGCCACUUGCGAAUUAAAGUGGCUCAAGCGUCUAUUGUUGAGCAUGAGUGUGCAACAUCCUAAGGCUAUUAAAUUGUUGGGCAUUUACGACCCUAAUGCUCCAACUUGA